AAAUAUCCCACCUCAAUAUUUAACAUAUCAUGCAGAUUGUCAGAAAAAAUCAAGAAUCUUGUGUACCUUUUUUCGGUUACAUGUGGGGAAACAAAAUUGGGGAGCGAUCAGCAAACAACAUGUGUUAGAUUAAUGGAAUAGCCAGCAGUAUUUAAUUAAGCUGACUUGAAUCAGCUGUGAUAACUGUGUUGGUUCAGUCUUGUCGUUGUGGAAGUCAUGAUCAGAUCUCUUGUGUCCGUCCCUUGGCUUUGCAAUAGGAUACCAUGGAUUUCGAAAGCUAGUGAUUUUUUGUUGUAUUUUUUAGAGCUGACCAUGUGAGUCCUUGUCGCUGACUGCUGUUCCGGAUGAGGUAGACUGUGGACAUGAUGAAGGUGUGGUGAAAGAGAUCCCAGAGGAAAUAGGUGAGAUGAAGACCUUUGGCCAUUACACUCCAUUGGACGAAAUGCGGACAUUUGUCCAGGCAAGUCCAGCGGAGUUGACCUCACCCCCACAGAUGUUUAAAGUGGAUGUUGAUGAGCGGCCUAAUACGUUAAAAUGGGUGACACGAAAGAACGAGAGGUGUGUCACACCAGAGUUUGCACCAUUCACUGGGACCACACCAUCAAAAGCACCAGUGAAAAUAUCAGAGCUGUUUUCUCCUGUAAAGUCUCCAGACACCCGACCUUUUGUAAAGACUCCGACAAAAGUGACUUUCAAGUUAUCCCAUGCGUUUGAGAUUCAGACGGAAAAUGGUGAGGCUCCGCAACCAAUCAUUCCAAACAAACCAGUGACAUUUGUGCCAGAUUCUCAGACAUAUUUAUAUGAUGACCAUGAAAGUGUUGAUGAGGAUACUCGGGCAGACUUUGGGCAAUGUACCAGCCCAAUUAGACAACAAGACCAGGCAUCUGGUACUGUUCAACUUGUAUUCAAUGAUACGGAAAGUCAGACAAACAUGUCUGCUGUCCACAUGGUGGAUGUGGACUCGCAGACAGGUACGUCGUAUGCUUAUCUCAUUGAUGCCUCAAUGUUGACAUCGCCUGCAAUGACUGCAGAUGCUACUUCAUUGACGACACCAAUACGAUUGUCCGAACAGAGCAAGCAGACAUGUAUGACACCAAUGGUAAUGGUGGACACCAGCGUCAUGAUGACACCAACACGUCCAAUCGGUCACCAAGAGCUCGAUAUGUCUGAUCAAGGAACGGAAAUGACACCAAGGUCGGAUUCCGAAAGCUUCGAUGAUCAAGAGCCAGUUACCCAUGAUGCAGUGGUGACUCCGGUAAAGACAGCUGAACGAGACACAUUCAUGACUCCAGUCACAAUGAAGGAUGCAUCUGUGCUGACAUCACCUAUUGGAAAUAUGGCUCUAAGGUUAUCUGACCCUGUCCUGAGUAGCCUGACCCCCCUCGAGAUGAGGAAACAGCUCGAGAUGGCUCUCAUUAGUAAUGAGUUGUUUCGUACCGAGUUGACGGGUCUACAUGUUGAGAAGACCACCCAGUCAAAGCAGAUGUCGCAACAGCAAGCAGAUAUCCGGCAAAAGGAUUUUGAGAUUGCGCAGUUACUGGAGGCUGUGGAACAGGCCAAGGUUGAUACGAAGAGGUCGAUGGGGAUUGAGUUGACCUCUCUAGAAGGUCAGGUGAAGCAGAUACAAGGUGAAAUGUCGUCUGCUGAGGCCAAGGUCAAGGCCAAAGAGGAUGAGAUGAUGGUACUGAAGUGCGAGAACAACAACCUACAGGACGACCUUGCCAGGAUUUAUAAACAACACAAACAAGAGGUCAAUGACCUCCACGCCGAUUAUGCACGCAAGGACUACAAGCCACAUUUUGAGAAAGCUCAACAGGUCAUACGAAAGCUUGAGUCCGAGGUUGAGACAUAUUUCGAAUUGAUGGGGUCGAUGCAGGGAGCGGACAAAGCACAGGAUAAGUUGGGCUCGGCAAUUGAUGACAAGUACCAGAAGCUGAAGGGGAUGGAGGAACAGAUGCUCAUCGAACGUAAGAGGCUGAAUCAACAAGAGAAGGAGUUCAUGGAGGGCGUCGCCACUAACGAGAUGGCGGUCCGGACGGCGACCAAUUCCUGUCAGAAGAUGAAAAUAGAAGUCGAACAGAUGAAGGCACGCUUGGAGGUGGCUGAUAGGACCAUUAAUGAUAGCCAGCUGUAUCAGGAUGAAAUAAUGAUGGAGUUGAAAAUGGCGACAGAGAAGUUGGCAAAAAUUACUCAGUUAUUCUCAGAAAAUAAGAAAAAUUUAGCGGCAGCGAAUCAAAAGAUAGCGCAGUUGGAUAGUGUGCUAGGUGAGAAAGAUGAGGAGAUUGUCCAGUUAGAGAAAGAAAAACAGCUGCUGAGUCGCGAGUGUCAGAGUCAGAGUGACUUGAUCAAGAAAAAUAUUCCAGUCUUCCCUUCUCCGGAAACACCACGGAACAAGCCGCGUGAGACGAUGGAUUUCCUGGAAGAGGAGAACCACCUUUUGGCUGAUUCCUUAAAGGAGGUCGAACAGAACGUCACCACAGCACAGCUCGAGUUGUCAAGGUCACAGAAUCAGUUGAGGGAGAAGACAAUCUUGUGCCAUCAGUUAGAACUCACAGUGAAACGGCUUAAUGAAAAGCUGAGCGCCCUGCAGGCUGAGCUGGACAACACAAAGACUAAUGCUCAUUUCAUGCUGCUGAGCCAGGGUGCUGAACUGGCAGACGUGUCGGUCAAUAUCAGUAUGCUCAAGGAUAAGAUGACUGAGUUUCAGGAGAAGCUUAGAAUCACAGCUGCUAGAGUGCUCAAGGGUGUGGAAACCAUCCCAGUUUCCCAGACGUCUGCUGGGGCAGGUCAAGGUCAAGGUCAUUCAUUUGUCUCCAAGUUACUCCAGGCAGCAGACAGCAAGGAAGUUAACCAAUCAAAACAUUCCAAUGGCGCUAAUGGUUCAGAUGUUGCCGUGCAUCAAGUGGACAGUGAUGGUAGUGGUGCCUCCACUAGCAGUGAGCCAAAUAACAAUUUGAAAAUCGGCUCAGGACAUAGUGCAUUUGCUAAAGUGACACCUGGAGGUGGAUUAUCAAAACGAGGCGUUGGGGUCGGGUCAGAGAAUAACGGCAGUGCGUUUACCCCAGUUAGUGGGAAAAGGUCGCCGUGCGAUGAUGGUCUGAUGAACGGGACCCAGUAUGAGACGCAGGACAUGUCGCUGUCAACAUCGUGCGCCGAGAACCAGGAGCAGACGAUUAAGGAGGAAUUGGAGCAUGUGAUCAAGGUCAUGGAUGUGAUCGUGGAGUUGGUGUCUGGAUGUGACCAGGCAAGAGAUCGGAUGUUUCAUGCGGUUAAGCAAGAAAAUCAGCAGCUGCUAAAUGAGUUGGAACUUCGUCAAUCUGGCCGCACAGACCUGCAGCGUCUCAAGAUGUCAGUGGAGGAAUCGGAGCGUGACCAGAUUCAGGCAAACGUCAAGCUACUUGAGAAGGCCGAGGAGUUAGAGGAAUGUCAGGCCAUGUUGGAGGACAUGAGAGCCAAGUGUAAUGAACUCUCUCACCAGAUUAUGAGCCAUACAGAACAAGAGAAGUUAUUAAAUAAACUCAACGAAGAGUUAGACGUUGCCCUUGCAGAGAUCAAACAUCUUAAGUCGGAGAAGACUUUGAUUGAAGAGCAGUUAGAAAAUGCUAUGAAGGCCAUGGACAACGAUGGGUCGUGGGAGAUUUCUCCAGGACAGUAUUUCAGGGACAUCACAGCGCUCAGGAAAGAGUUGCAUCAAGUGAAAGAGAAGUUUGUUGAAAAAGAAGAAUCUUACCAGGAGUUGAAGGAGAAAGCAAGUCGGAGAAUGAAUGUUCUUGAACAGAACUGGAAGUUGGCAGAAGACGAGGUGUUUCGAAUGGAUGGGGUCAUUGAACAAAUCAGAACGACACUUCAUACAAAUGCUGCUGCUGUCAAGAUAUGUGCACCAGUCUUUGGUCUCAUAAAGAUGCUGGACGGUGAUGAUGCGGAGCGAUCCAUGGAAAACUCGUCGCGAGAAAAUAAGUGAUGUGACUAUAAAUCGGGAGAUUUAUGUUUUUCGGUGAACAAUGGAUGACAGUGAAACAGAGUGAUCAAUGGAAAACUCCAUCGCAAGGAUGUAUUCAAAGUGGCUAUAAAAUUGCCUGAUCUGUAUUGGACUAAACUUGAAAUGCUUUUUUCUUUAGAAACUAUUGGGUCUGCAUAAAAAAAGAAAUGUAUUUGAAUGUAGAAAUGUAAACUUAAUGCUAAAUUGAUGUCAAAAGAUGCUGACCAACCACUUAUGUGUUCACAGGUGUGUAUAUAUAGCACAUAUUAUUUCGUUGUAUUCAAUCGCUGUUCAGGAUUUUGAUCGUCUCGUGAGGAAGGCCAUGUUUGACGACAACAGUGAAUAUUCAUAGCUGUUGGAGAAUUUCAGUUUAGAUGCGAAAGAAUGUAAUAUAUUGUAGUCUUGAUAUUGUUAGCCAAGCUGCAGGAAUGCUGCUUACAUGUUCAUGUAACUAACCAAGGGGAAUAUAAGGCACUGUACUUUAUAAUCCCAUGUCUCUAAAGUGUUAACUGCGGGGAAGCUCAGAGAAUUUAGAGAGGUGGGAGAAAGGCCUGCGUAGCCACUGAUGCCUGCUGAUGGUAUUUCAUGUCAGGCUUGUUUGUUGUAAAAUAGAUGUAAUAUUUUGUUGAUCUAGGAAGGAAUUAAAUUCAGUUUAUUAAGAAA